AUGGCCGACGCACUUAGGAACCUCUCGACGGUGCCGGAGGUGUGGCAGGCAUUGGUGGACGAAGGAGUCAUCCGCGUCAUGGUCGGACUACUGGACCGCUGUGCCGUGGCAGGCGCCAAGGAGCACGCUGCCGAGUGCUUGCAGAACCUCACGUCCAGCAACGAUGGCUUGCGGCAUGCCGUCAUGUCGGAGGGCGGGCUACGUAGCCUGCUGCUCUACCUGGACGGCCCGCUACCGCAGGAGCCGGCCGUGAGCGCGCUCUAG